AUGUUAAAAUAUAUAAAUAUAUCGCACCAGAAUGAUAAAGCUUUUAGAUAUUAUAGCAAUUUUAUAAAGAAUGAGAAUGCUCAACUUUAUAAUCACCUCAGAGACUAUCAUGUUAACAAACACAAUAAUGAUAGAAUAGAAAAGCAGAAGGAAGAUAAUAAUGUAGUAAUUAAUAGACUGUUAAAUAUACUCAAUGACGUGAAUAGAGGAGGAUACAGCAAGGUGGACGAAGACGUGGUAAAUGAUAUCCUGGAAUCGGUGAAGUCGCUGAACCAGAAUAGGCUGAAUAGAUAUGAUCUGGUGAGGAUUAACCUGAUUAAGAGGCUGCUAUGGCAUCAGAUCAUCAAUGACUAUAAUCACUUACUGCUGGAGUCGUUCCACCUGUUAUCGAACUAUAGCAAAGAUUUUGGAGCAAGUAAAAGACAAAGCAUACUUGCAGACAACUAUAACGGAGUUACGGAGGACAAUAAUAAGUUGGUGGUGGACGAGAUUAGCAGGUUGGUGUCCAGUGAGUCGAAGCAUAACAUAGACGACCAAAUAGUACUGCUGCUUAAGUACUAUAACCCGAGGCAUGGGCGUUACAACGCACUUCUGUGUAACACCCUGAACGAAUACCUUUUAAACAGGGAGCUGAACAGUAAAACGAGUAACAUAAUAGUGUAUCUGGUGUUGCUCUUUUACAAUAAGAAAAAGGUAAACUCGAAGCUGGAUAACCUGGCGUUUUACUAUAACCUGCACAAAAAGUAUGACAAGCUGCAUCACAAGCCGCCGCUGAUAAGUGAUUUCGACAAGUACCGAGUGAACGUACACCACGAUUACCUGUUCUUCAAGACGUUUAACCACGUGAGCUACUACUCGGACUUGGGGGACAUAGUGAACCACAGCCCGAACCUGCCUUACUUCAGCGACCCAGGUUGCGACAGGCAGCAGUCCGCUGAGGCAAGUGUGAUUAAGAAGCUGUACAAUAAGCUGAACAACCUGGACAAGUUUGUACUGCUACAGUACUUCAGCCUCUCAAACGUUCUGCCGAGUCUGAAUAAAAACGUUCUGAACACGGAGAGGGACAACCACUUCACGUACCUGCUGUUCAACAAGACGUUUUUCAUGAAUAACCUGAGUAAGCUCGACAAGCUGCCAGUGAAUGAAUUGUUGGACAGGUUCGAAAUCAAUGCUUUGUACAGGGACGGAAUUAAGUCUAUAAUAAACUACUACAGAUACUAUAAUUACCUCUACAGCCAGAACCUGUUGUACCAGUACCCGAAGCAGGAAAGUAGUAAGAGGAAGACGAACGGGCUGUUGGAGAGGCUGGUAAAGCUGAGCGACGUGAACAGCUUGAUCAAAAUCAGCGGAAGACUUAAGAUAAACCUGAGUUUCACGACAAAUUACGGGAACUUCGCGAAGCUGGUCAAGUACAUAAGCCACGACCUGGGAAAGAUAGACGUGAAGAACAGCUAUAACAUAAUUGACGUAAUAUACUGCAUAACCAACAACAGAAACAUAAACCAGCACAGCAAGUCAAAAAGGGUGGACCCAGAGAAAGAUGGAAUAGUGACCAAGAUAGAUAAGAAUAGACUGCUGUUCAUACUGCUGUUGGUGAUAAGCAGUAACAAUUUGGACAUAAACUUGAUACUGAACAUCGUGACGAACGUGCAAAUAGAAGAAAACAACCUCCUGAUAUUCCUCGCGAUCUUCACUACGCUGUUCAGCAACUCGAACGAGAAGUACUACUACGUGUUCAAGUACUUCUUCAACGAGCUGCAGAGAAACAUAAAGAACAACAACAACAACAAGGAUAUGCAGAUAAUAAACGGGCUGAUAGAGGAAAAUGAACGUUACAACCACUGCAACAAGUACGACGUGCACCUGCCUUACUACACGAAGAAGUACAUACUGCUGACGAUACUUAACCAGCUGAAUACGACCAGCAAUACGACAGAGAAGAAUAUACUGGAGCUGAUAGAGCAGGAGGCGGAGAGGCUGUACGAGUACUGCUACAGCGUGCUGCUGUACUAUUCGAACAAUUUAUCGGAAAACGCAGAUGAGAUUCUGCUGAUAACGACAAACAUAAUAUCGAUACUCUACUGCAAAUACCCGCAUCUAGUGACCAUUAGCACGAGUAGAAGGCUAGGAUUGAAGGAAGGAGAUAGAAACGAGAGCCCUGGGGAGAGAAAUGGAGUUACUGAUGGAGUUGGGGGCAGCUAUUACGGAUACGGGGCCGCUGAGAUCAGGGAAGACGAAGUGCUGGUAAAGCACAUCCUGAACCACUACCUGUUGAACAAUUUGCACAUUAAAAUCACUCCGUACACAAUACAGCAGAUACUGUCCCACUAUCCUCUGCAUUCUAUAUUCGCUAACGAUAAAGUGUUCAAAGGAAUAAAGUACGAAAGGAACUCGUCAAUAGAGAAGAUGAUCAUUAAAAGCAUCGGGACGAAGUCGAAUGAGGAUUUUAGGUAUUUCGUGCUGUACUUGAUAUAUAAUAUGGCGAAGCAGUGCCCGCGCUACAACCUGUACAAGAGUCUGGACCUGGCACUCAUGGAGAUACCGUCGCUGCUGAAGUUUCUAAUCGUGCCCAUACUGAACGACUUCUUCAUGUUCAACAAGUAUAUAAAUACUGAUAAACCGCAUGAGAGUAAAGAGAACGAAGAAGAAAGGGCGAAGUACGAGGAGGCGAAGAGGCUGCAGAUGGAGUGUCUGGAGAACCUGGUGUUGAGGCUAAACAACAUACUGCUGUACAAUGAGAGGAAGGAAGAGAUAGACUACUUGUCGCUGGAAAUCUUGUUUUACCUGAUCGACCACAUAAACUACUUGAUCAACAGGGCCCCUGCUAACAGAUCAACAGAUAGAGCGGACACGAAAACGUGUAAUAGGGCACCUACUGCAUUCGGUGCGGCCGGUGUCACUGACUAUGGCAAGGGCGCCGGUGAUAAUAGGGAGGUGCUGAUUGAGAAUUACAAGGUGGUGAUGAGUAAGCUGAACAAGGUGUACCUGGCAAAGUGCUCCUACUACUGCGGGUCAUUCUCGAGGUCGAUCUGCAUCAUCCAGGGGCUGCUGCAGCCGACGUACAACUUCGCAGACGCAGAGUGCAGUCUGAUAGUGGACGCGCAGAAGCAGUUCUUCAUAGACGCCUGCUGCCCAGGCGGAGACGGGAGUCUUUCGGAGCUGCUGAACAUACUGUCCUACUGCUACUACAACCUGAACGACAAGAUCACCUACCACUUCCUGCAGUCGUACAUAACGAACCUGAACAGCUGGAACUUGAACAACUGGGACCUGAACAUAACGAUGAAGGCGCAAAACAUGGAGGGGGUGGAGAAGGUGGAAAUAGACAAGGAGAUCAAGAAGAACAUCAAGAUGCUCUACAUCUCGAUCAAGGAGAACAACAACGUCAACUACAUCAACUCGAUACAGAACAUAUCGACCUUGAACACAAUCAACAACUUCCUGGAGCUGGACAAGAGAGGGGACGAAGGGAACCUGACGAGCUGCCUGAGCUUGCUGACCGCGCGAAAGAGGAAGAUGAACUUCGUGAACAGGAACAACAGGAUCGAAAACAUCGUCCUCGUCUACGAAAUGUACAAACGGUACGACCGAGUGUGCUCGAUGCAGUACCUGAUCAGCAUAUUUAACGACAUGGCCUUCGAGGGGAUCCUCUCGAGCAACUCGGACCUGAGCUUCAGCGGGAGCCUCUCGGGGAACCUGAACAUUGGCAGCAUCAGCAGGCUGUGCAACUACCUGACGCUCUACAGGCUCUACAAGCUGUACUGCAGCAGGCAGUACACGGAGUACUAUCACUUGCUGACUCACAUGUGCAAUGUGCAACCAGACGCAGGAAACGCGGGUAACCUGGCGUACGCAAUCAGCGCAAACAUGGGUCUCAAUGGGACCCAUAAAGGCCGGGGAGCGAAUGGCGACGUGGGCUUCGGCAGAACGACUGGAAGCAGCAGCUGGGCGGGAGCCGAGAAGAGCAAGCUGGACCUGCUGCUGUGCAACUACUACUGCAGCCACGACAACAGCCUUCUGCACGUGGUCAUCAACAACAUCUGGAACCUGCUGGUCUCCUGCAACGACAACUACAAGCUCUACUACAUGUACUCGAGUUACCUGUACCAGCUUAUCACGACGAAGCUCUCGAACGCGAGUUACAUAGCACUCACAGGCGGAGUCAGCGGCACGAGCACGCCCAGAAACGCGAAGCCGACCAGAGACAACCUGGACAACUUCUACAACGUCUUCGGAGAGGACGAGAAGAAGCACAUCGAGGGCGUGGACGGCAUCGAGGGGAUCGGGAGCCUGUACGACUACUCGAACCUGCUGAUGCACACUCUGGAAAUGCACUUCCUGACCCUGAUCUACUACUCGAACCACCCUGCAGCGGCGGACAGGGACCUUGGAGCCGCGGAAAACACCGGAGCGAACAACUGCACGACGGGCAGCGCAGCCAGCACCGCGAUGAAGUGGAACGGGCUGGAGUGGGUGAUGAUAAGGGUGGCGUACCUGCUCUGCAGGUUCAGCUCCGAGGGCAGCGUCGAGUUCGAGCGCGGAAUCACGCUCAAGGAGGACCUGGUGCUCUUCCUCUUCAAGAAGAUGCACGUGAUCUUCGUGAAGUACCUCGACAAGUUCCCCGUGAUCUUCUACUACAUCGUCAUCAACCAGCUGAUCGGAAUAACGGUGCACAAGCACCUGACGAACAUGGCGGUGCUGGUGCUGAACAGGCUCCUGUUCAGGUACACGAACGUGCUCCUGUGGUACAUCUGCUACUUCAAGUUCUCGAAGAUUCAGCAGCUCAACCAGCUGUACUCGCACGUGAUUGAUGUCGGCUCAGAGUCCGCGAGCAGCAGAGACGAGCUCAUAAGCAGCAAGAGGAGAACCAUAAUGAAGUACAACAUCCUGUUCAACGAGCUUUACAAGCUGUCGUUGCACAACCUGAGCGUGACUGCUGACAACAGGCCGUCGACGAAGCACGACCGGUCGCGCUACCUCAUUCCGCUGAAGCAGUUCUUCCAGAACAGCAGGGGCGGCAGUGGCCAGAGCAGUCCAAACAGCACCCCCGAGAGCGCCAGGGAGACGUUCGACGACCAGAUUCUGGUUCCUAAAACCGAGACACUCUCGUACGACAGCGUCUACUACAACACCGAAAAGGAGUACAUAGUCGACAUAAAAAGUGAAAUCACAGUGCUGAAGAGUAAGCAGAAGCCGAAGCUGAUCUCCUUCGUAACUAUAUUCACCCCGAAGGACACGAGCGCCUGCUUCUACGGAGGCAACAACUACAACAACGGCAAGGGCAAUUCGGACGUGUGUGGAAGGUCUAGGGCCAAUUCGGCGGACUGUAAGGAAAAUGAGAUGGACACCAGGGGCGGCGACCCAGACGCUUUCGCCAAGGCCACCGAUCCAUGCAGUAACGCCAAUGGCAACUUCACUUCCCACCGCGACUGGACCAAAGCCAAUGGCGUUCUCCACAACGGCAAGCUCGGUGGCGGCGCGAGCGGCCACAGCAGCAGGGGCAAGGCGACGUACCUUCUGAAAAACGAGAUGAAGGGGGACCUGAGGAAGGACCUGCGCAGCAUGGACAGCGUGAAGUUCGUGAACAAGCUGAUCGAGAAGAGCUUCAAGCACAAGCUGGCCAUGUUCUCCGUCAUCACUAUCUCUGAGGUCGUCGGGCUCAUUCAGUUUUUGCCGAACCUGAUUACGCUGAAGCAGCUUAACCAGUUUGCCACCGGCUGCAACACCAGGGAGUGCAGCUCCCCCGUGUCUCCGGAGCUGCUCCACAAGUACGUGAAGCACAUUAACAACAAGGACUACGUGUCCUCGUACGGCGUCUACAAUGACAUUCUGGCCAACAUCAGACCCGUUACCGUUACUAGUACAACAACCAGCGUCAAACCGGGUACCGCCAAUAUCAACGCCACCACAACCAGCCUUAAUCCCAACACCAGGUCUACUAGGGCUGGGACUGUGACUGCAGCUGCUCACACGAGGAGCAGCGUUGGGGCCUCCAAUGGAGCGGCCAACUCCGCCACCUGCUCCGGAGUAAUGGUUGCUGCCAAGGGCAACUACAACGAGAUUUACGAGGCCAUGAGGCUCUUUAACCUCAGCUGCUCGCUUUGGAGCAUCUUCGGGUACAUUCUCGGCCUCGGCGACCGCCACUCCGAGAACAUUCUGCUCAACGUAAAGCACGGCAACUUGGUCCACGUCGACUUCGACUGCCUGUUCGACAAGGGCGUCAGCCUGCUCGUGCCCGAGAUUGUGCCCUUCAGACUCACUCCGACUCUCAUUCAGAAUUUAGGAAUCACUGGCGUCAACGUCAACGGCCUCUACUACACCAACUGUCUGAACUUUAUGAAGCUGCUCAUGACCAACAAGGAGGUCAUCAAGCUCGUCCUCUUCAACUUCAUCAUGGACCCUCUGAUUAAGUGGAACAACAUCCGCAACAAGAUCACCUCUAAACUGACCAGCCACUUAAACGUUUUCAUCUCAGUGCCUGUGUACACGAGGGAGGACGUGGUUGACAAGAUCGUCCGGGAGAAGAAGCGCAAAUUAAACGGGGGCUCCGCUGUUUCUGUCAGCAACACUGACGGCGCUGGCAUUGGCAUUAAGGUCAAUAGCAGCAAGGAGGGCGGCUAUAAGGCUGACGACAAGUACGACCAGGAGGUUAAAGUGCUCUUCGUGGACGAGUGCGUCAACAUUGAGCUUCAAAUAACGCAGCUGAUCAAGUCUGCCACUGAUAAGCACCUCCUGUCGCGGAUGUUUGUUGGCUGGGCGCCCUGGGUUUAA